UGGUUUUAUUAUCCGAAAGGAACUAUUGACUUCACUUGUAAGCAUCUGGUAACGGAAGAAUUUCAGUUACCAUUUCCACCCAUUCCGUUUUCUUCCCGGAAUUCCAAUCCCCCAAAAUCAAAAAUACAAAAUCCAAAAUCCGUCAAAGCUGCAACAAUGGCGGCUCAUCAGUCCUCCUCCUCUCCAUCCUACUCGGUUCUGUGCGCUUCUUUCAAUCAGGACAACAGUGGGUUCGCGAUCGCCACCAAAGACGGCUUCAAAAUCUACGAUUCCAGCACCGGCCGCCUCUGCUACGAACGAGGCAAGUUCUCCCUUUCCACAUCAAGAAAUUAGCUUUCCCUCAGUUCAUCAAUUUGUUGGGGGUGAUUUCUGAAAUUGUGUUGUUUGUGCGGGGGGAAUUCCGAUCUUUAGCUGUUGGAGCGUUCGUGAUUGUGGAGAUGCUGUAUAGCUCUAGCCUUCUCGCCAUUGUUGGAGCUGGUGAGCAGCCAUCUUUAUCACCAAGACGACUCUGUCUGUUCAAUUCCACCACUGGAACUUCUCUCCGUGAGCUGAAUUUCCUCACUUCUAUCCUCGCAGUUCGCUUGAACAAGAAAAGGCUUGUGGUGGUUUUGCAAGAGAAGACCUUUAUCUACGACUCGAACAGCCUAGCUAUUUUGGACACCAUUGAUACGAUUCCGAAUCCAAAAGUUAACUCAACUCUUUUCAUGAUUAUGAACUUACAGGGCUUUGUGCAUUCUCCCCUAGUUUGGAUGGUUGCUUUCUGGCACUUCCUGCAAGUACGAGUAAAGGAUCGGUUUUGCUGUACAAUGUCAUGGAAGUCCAUUUACACUGCGAGGUUGUGGUUGAUAAUGAUAGAUGCCCACCGUGCACCCUUGGCUGCAAUGUCUCUUUCUUCCAGUGGGACAUACGUUGCAACAGCUUCCGAACAAGGAACCAUAAUCAGAGUUCAUCAUGUUCUUGACGCGACAAAGUCAUAUAGCUUCCGUAGGGGAACAUACCCAUCCACAAUAUAUUCCUUGUCAUUUGGACCAUCUUCGCAGCUUCCAGACAUUCUUGUAGCAACUAGCUCUUCAGGUUCCGUUCAUGCCUUUCCCCUGAGCAUGGCUGUAAAUCAGAGGGGCAAGAGAUCGACGAGCUUUCUGGGAUCCAUAUUGCCUGAUUCAGUGAACGAUGCAUUGGAUCCGGCUUAUCACCACGUUCUUCACCGAGCGGUUCCGGCUGGAGUGAGAAGCUAUGUAGUUGUGCGCAAGGUUGAGAAAGCUGCUGAAGCACCAGCAACUCAUGUUGCUAUAGGGUUAAGGGCCACCCUUGCAGUGAUAAACUAUAACGGGUACUUUCAAGAGUAUAUUUUAGAUUUCAAUGGCCCAAGCGAUCCGAAAUGGAGUUUGGAGCGCGAAUUUAAUCUUUUAGCUGCCAGAUCAGGCAAUGAACAACAUUUUCAAAUGGUGUGAUGAGGAUGCAUACGCUCUCAGUAAGCUGUUGUUGUCAAUUAAUAACCUGUUGUGCAUAGUUCUUCAAAACUUCCUUUGAAAAGAAGAGGAAGAAAAGCUUGGCCAAAUUCUGGGGAUGAUUCUUCUGGUCUUUGUAUAUAACCAUGGAACAGAAACCAAACUGUUUCAGGGAUCCUGAUGAAGUCUUCCCUGUUUUUGCUGUAGAAUUUGUUUCCAGCAUUGUAGGGAUAUAUAGAAACUAGAUUGUAGAACAGAAAGGGACAUCAUGGUGCAAAGACGGGCGAAAUAGUAACGAUUCACACAUAUUAUAGUGGUUGUAUGUAUACAUGUUUGUGAAACGGUACCUGUCUCCUCUGUUCCUGAGCAAUUUAACUCGAGAUCUCUACAGCCAGAACUCAUCCUUGUCACUGAUAAUGAAAUCAUACCAGUUUGGCAACCGAUACACGACAUAUGAUGACUGUACAGCAAGGUUUCUGAAAUCUGCCUUGCAAGUUCACUUUUAGUUGAACCUGGAGAACUGAAUGCAGUAAUGUUUUGG